AAGGCUUUAAUACACUGUGAGGUCUAUUGUAAAAUACAAAAAAAAAAUAUACCUUAAAGAACUGGAAGCAAGUAGCUGAGUAAUUGAACAACUGAAGAGAUAAGAUUUUGUUCUGAUUUUUAAGCCCAGAGGGUUAGCCACCCAGAAUAACCCAAAAAAAAGUCAGUGCGUCAUCGAGGAUUAUCUUAUUUCCGUUGGGCUCAAACUUUCUCCCCAGGAUGCAACCCACACCAGUCAACUAACACCCAGGUGCUUACAUGCUUCAAGCAAUUGCAUCGAACAACUUUGAUGGUGUUCGAAGGGGACACAACUGCACUUGCUGCUGCGCGUGAGAAAAUCAACACUGAAUUUGUGAAGAAUAAACAUGUAUCCAAUGCUGAUGCAGUCGAGGAGCUCAUCACGGUUGGACAGCAGGUGGAAGAAAUUCUACGAACAAGUGUUAUACAAGCUGUGAGAAAGGAUGAUGGGUGUUACCGUGCAAGAAUUCUUGGGCAGACAACUAGACUUGAUAACAAGCCAUACCAGCCAAUGCCAGAGAGUAUGGUCAAGUCAUUCAAGAAGACGACAAAAUGUAAUUAGACGAUUGUAUUUAUAUGUUUAAUAAUUUUAUUUUCCUAUAGGUCCUUAAAUCAAUGUACAGCUUUUUUUUACAGCCAUGCUUUGUAAAAUACAAAUUAAUAUGCAAAGGUAUGGUAAUAAAUAGGAUUAAGAGA